AUGGAUAAUCCACUUGGUGUGCAGCAAAAAAAGGCAACAAAACUGGCCAAAACCAAGAAAAAACCUCUCAAGAUUGUGUACAUCUCCAACCCUAUGAAGGUAAAGACUAGUGCCUCAGAAUUCAGAGCCUUGGUGCAAGAACUCACAGGCCAGGAUGCUGAACUGCCUGACCCGGUUCAGUUUCCGGUGGCCGACCACCAGGUAGUCCCUGAUGCCACGGUCAGUGAAGAUCAAGCACAUCAAGUUCCUAGAGCAGACCCUGGCGGUGAAGUAGCUAAGCCGUCCGAUGAUUCUGAUUUUUCAUCUGAGCCGUAUGAUGAUGGUAUACUUAUGCUGGAGAAUUUUCCGGGAUUAUUGCCUUCAAACUUGUGGUUUGAAUCUGCUCAUGACGAUGUGUUGAAAAGCCUAGAAUAG